UUCUAUACGAGGCGUCAGUCUAUGUAUAAAGUCGGAAGUAUCGUGGUAUACGGAUUGUUAAUACCGUGGAAAAUAUCAUUCAACAACGAACUGCGAGAUAGCACGCGUGCAUUUGUUUGAAUCCACUAGGCGGACAACGCUUAGGUAAACCGAAUAAAAAUCGCUUGAACGAGGACCACGAAGCGUUUCUUGAGCUACCAGAGCCGAGAUCCUUUGCUGCCUAGGUUCUGGUCAGGGUCAGUGCGCGGGACCAUCCCGCCUCGAGAGAUUCAUCAAACAUCGUUUUCCAAAUUUCCAACAUCCAAAAUUGCAACUUGUCGAAAUUAUUUUCGAAUUGAAAAUAAUUAGAGCUUCUGUAAAUUUGCACCUGGAAGAACGAAGAGAAUAAAUCAAUAGAGAGGAAGCUUUCUUCAAGGAGGAAUCGUCUCGUUGCUGUUCUUCAUCGUUUCGACAGACAGGCGACAGCCUUCGUAUCUUCUCUUUUGCAACAUUUCGAAGAAUUCGUCUACGCGACAGGAUGAAACUAGUAAUCUUAGUGACUCUGCUGGCGGUCCUGUAUACCGUCGACUAUUCCAAUAGUGCUGCAGUCAGAUCGGAGGAAUUCGCUGAACAGUUGCGCAGGAUUGUCCAUGAAAUGCACCCCGAUAACCUAAGAACACAGAGAGCAACCGAGAGCGGAAAUGACGACCGUCCGAAACGGAAUUGUUACGAUACACCCUGCGGAUGGAAUACAUACAAUCCUGUCACUCGGCGAGGCACGAUUUUCAUGCCGAAUACAUGUAAGUGUCCUGAUGAUACGUACAGGUGCGUGCGUACAGGCGAAAACGUAUCCAUGAGUGCGUACGUAUAUCACUGUCGUCAAAAUACGACAUCGGACGAUAUUGAAGGCGAAACGUCUGAAGAUAUGGAUUAUCUUAGUUAAGAAAGAUGCAGACAUACCUGAAUGACAAACGCCUUUUCGAACAACCGUUGUUAUGGUGUUGUCACCGUUCUGGUCACUGUAUUACCAUCUGUAUGACACUCAAAUUAAAUGCUACAUACGGACUACAUACGGAUACGUAAAUCUACAAAAGAAAACGUCACGCUGUCACAAUAUAUUCGCGUCAAAUAAUUGUAUACAUCAAAAAUCGGCAUCUCGCUGUCUAACGAGACGCCGCUUGUGUAUAAGAUAUAGCGGGAAGAAAAUCAAAUACCGGUUCGAUAUUUGAAAUUAAAUAUGGCCGCGAUAUUAUUUCGAUAAUCGAAAUUACCGACAAGCUAAGAUAAGAAGUUUUUCAACAAUUUUUCAAUCUCUAAACAUAAAUCGACAUAAUCGUAUCGAUCUAAUUUAAAGAUUUUUAACGAAUUUGUAGUAUUUAUAGAUAAAUAAAAUGAAAAUCGGAUAAGAUUGAUUAGAUGUAGUAAACGGAAUAUCGGUUUACCGGCGCGUGAAUGUUAGAAUAGACUUUCAGUAUAAAAUAACAUUUUAAUUAUAAACUAACACAUUUAUAAGAUAUUUUUAUGCACAAGUUUCCCUAAGGUGAUCAUCUACGAGAUUUUGAUAAUUCUCGCAAGAAACGUUGUUAAAAAUUAGUAAUUUUACCUUAAUUACACGGAACGAAUCUUCGAACAACGCACCAACGUCGCUUGGGAACCGUAGACUGCGCGCGCAUAUUCCCUGUCGCUAUGAGUAAGAUCUCGCGCAGUAGCGCCAUUUUCAAAUUCAUUUAGCUUCUACUACACUGUAAAUUUGAAUUUCGUUACAAAUCCUUAAAACAAAAAUGAUGAAUAUAGAAGUGUUGUGUAAUUUUGAUGUAAAACAAAUAACAAAGGGGGAAAUUGAACUGCUAUCGUUCGAAAUAGACAAGACGCACGGAACACAAAGCCGUAAGUUAAUCGCAGUUUUUCUUCAAAUUACUCAUAUAGAAAAUUCAUCAUAAGGUAAUCAAGCGAUAACUAACAUACAUCAAUAUUUUAUGAUUUUUAGUAAUAAGUUUCAUUAUACUUUCUUGGCAUAAAAUAGUAGGAAGUAUGUAAUGAAAUCUUUUCAGACCUGAUUGAUCUUAUGGAAAUAAGCUAUUAACGAUGAAUUUUAAUCUAUACAAAAAUAUCUGAUUUGUAAAAAAGCCACUUAAUUUUUUGAAAAAUGGAUAAGAUCGGGUCUAAGAAGAUUCAAGUUUGUAUCAAACUUUAAUAAGAUCCAAACUUCGUAUUCGUAAUUUUAUUCUUAAGCCACGAUGCUUACCAGAAGUAAACUUUUAUUUGAAAUUUUGAAGUAUUCGGAAGCCUUGUCUUUGUCUACUUUCUGUAAAAUUGUAUUUAUUUACGUCAAUCCGGUACUCAUGGUUAUUAUGAAAACAUAUCUUUCAUUUAUCAUAAUUUAAUCCAUAAAAGAAUAAAACGAAUACGAAACUUUAAUAUUUUCAUCGGUAACCAUGAAGUUGUCGAGAAUCGAUUUUUAUAAUCGAAUACAAAUCUUGGCGAUUCGAUGUACUGAUUUCUAUUCGAAUUUCAAAAUACCAGUUACGAAUAAGAACGAAUUUAUUUUUUACCGAACCAAAUCGGCCAUUAACAAUAAAUAAUGUAAUUAUUUUUAAGUUAACGAACACCUUAGAAGUACUCAAGGUGGUGUAAAAUUAGCAAGGAUAGGUUACAGUAUUUCUAUAAGGAAUAAUCCAUAAUUUUGUACUUAAAGGGAAAAAUUAUUUCGAAUCUUUUUUGUAUAUCAUUAUCGACUAUUUAUAACGUGCAAUAGUAACAUAUAGUUGAUGAAAGAAAUGCAGCAGUUUAGGUUACGAUCUCGUUAUGUUUCUUGCAUCGACUAUAAUUAUAUCGUUCGAUUAUUAUAAACGUCAUAUUCGAAUUUUUACUUAAAAACCAAAGAGAUUCUUACUUCAAUUAUUUUCCAUCUGAUUGACUUUUUACAUUUCAUAGAUUACACCGUCUUGUGAUUGCUUUGCAACAAUCUUGAAUAUUAUUAUCGAGAUGAAAUAAAGCCGAGAUGAUGAUAGAUCAUCUUGUUUCUUGUUUUCAAUUGUGUCGGAAUAGAUAUACAUGAAAGGAUAAAAUAGAAAAGUAAUUAUAUAGAACAAUUUGUCUACACGUUUACAAUAUCAAUCGUAUUGUAAGUUUGUUGAAAAAUUAGAUAAUUUGAUCCUUUAUAUGUAAUGCCUAAAUCAUCUAGAAAAUGUUGGUUUUCUUGAUACUGAAAAUACUUAAAAGUUAUUUGAACGAAUUAAUAAUUUCGAAUACUCUUACUGUUUCAAGAGAACGUGUAGAAAAUAAUACAGACAAUGUAUUCGUAUGCAGUAUUUCACUUAAUAUUUAAUACACAGGAAGAGUAAAUUAUCUAUAGUUGUACGACGAUUACCAAUGUUAUCAUUUUUAAUAAAAAUAAGUAAUGUUGCUGGAAA